UGAAGUAUAUAGCAAUUUGUUAGUUAAAACCAUGUACCUACUAAGUAGGUCCAUGGAUAAACUCUCCAUUGAACCCCUUGCUCGUACAAAGGUGAACAUGAUGGUGGCACCGAUGGCGAAGGUCCGUGUUAUCAUCUACCUCACGGUGGGAAUCUUGUGCGGUUUCGUGAAGUCUGCUUACGUCCCAGAAGGAGCGAUUACCAAUGACUAUGUCCACCAUGAUCCUGUCAUUUAUAGGCCCAUAAAGAAAGGAGCAACCAAUAUUGGAAAAGGGGAAGGUUUACCAAUCAAUUCAAACUCCACGUCAUACUUUCUUGUAUCUAUCGAUACUAAUAAAGCGAUACACGCUGUUGAUCGUCGAUUUCUUUCUGUUGGUCUCAGCGCGAAAACAGUGGCUGUGAGAAGCCUGAAUGCAUCAACGGGAUACAAUCCAAACUCGGUCAUCCUCCAAACGUUGUUUCGUGGCCUUGCUCCUUCUAUUUUACGUGUCGGAGGAAGGUCGGGAGAUGAGGUAAUAUUUGCUCUGAAUGGUUCUUCCAAUUCUAUUCCUCAUCCCUGGAUAAAUAUAAAUCAUUUUCUCACAGGUGAACAUUGGAAGAGUCUUCAUAAAUUUUGCUUAAAAAGUGGGGCGGAUCUUGCAUUUACUUUGAACGUGGCUUUGAGGAAAGGCGAUGCAUGGGACCCGACCAACGCUAAGGCACUCCUAGACUUCAAUGCGAACCUUGGAUAUCGUGUCAUCUGGGAAUUGGGGAACGAACCGGCCCUGUUCAAGAAAAACUACCACCUCAGGAUAUCAGCUCGUCAGUUAGCCAAGGACUUCAACACGCUAAGGGAUAUCUUAUCAGAGGACCGGUACCGGUUUAGCAACGAGUUAGUUGGACCGGAUAUGGACCACCUUCCCAUCACACAUUGCGGCAAUGCAAAGACAGCCACAUCAGAAGACUUUCCAACCCAUACAGACUAUUUGAGAAGGUUCUUAAAUGAUGCUGGAGAUGCCAUCAAUGCAACUACAGUUCACUUCUACAACCUAAACAGCAGAUCAGAAACAAUAUCCGUCGACAAUUUCACCAACCCAGACACGGUCAAUUUGAUGAGAUGCGAGCUCAGGGAAUUCCGAAAACUCAUGAAAGAUGCCAAACCGACAGGCGCGAGAUGGUUAGGCGAGACCUCCACCGUGGCUGCCGGUGGCUUCAGUGGAAUAUCAAACCGAUAUGUAGCUGGAUUUAUUAUACUUCACAACUUGGGAGUUGCGGCCGAGAUGGGAAUAUCUGUAUUCAUCUACUGGGACCUGAUCAAUGGACCUUAUUCAUUGCUCUCGUCUGAUGAUUAUACACCGACACCGCUGUAUUGGCUAUGUUUUCUGCAUAAGCGGCUUACUGGUACUCAUGUUUUAUCUGUAUCGUACACCGAGGACGAAAAGGUUACACAGACCGUAAAAAGUGCCUCUUACGUCCACGUUUUUGCCCAUUGUACCAGAGUAUCUCCGCUGUAUCCUGCCGGUGCUGUUACGAUCAUAGCAAUUAACCUGCAUAACGAUACUGAUGCAUCUUUAUCAUUAACUGGGAGUUUGAUGAAUAAGAAUAUAGACAAGUAUCUCUUGACUGCACCAGAAGGAAACCUUACCAGCAGUAAUAUACUUCUCAACGGCUACAAGUUGGAAAUGAAGAAUUCAACCCAUUUUCCAGAUAUUAACCCACGCCCUCUGCCGAUAGGAUAUCCGAUAGUUCUUCCUCCACGGACGUAUGGGUUCUACGUCAUUAAAGACGCUGAUGCCUCAGUAUGUCGGAAACAUGAGACCAAAUACUAAUGGUUGAUACCAGAUGGACUAUAGAUGUUCCUUUUAGUCAACUAUCGUAAAGAAGGAAGUUGCAGAUAAUUCCUAGUCCCUUUUUGGGAAAAUCACCGAGAUGCAUGAACGGUGAAAGGUCCUUAUCAUUGCCAUCAACCCGUCAUGGAAUACAAACUACGUGUCGUCAUGCGACUAACCGAAUUGGUGAAACCGGCUAAAACACCGAAAAUAUCGGCACGGAAUUCAGCCAGUCGCAGUGUGAAGAACACUGCAAUAAGUUCUGGGAAGUUCCAUAAAAUACUUAAACUCCUGUACGCCCAACCCAUAUUUUCCUUUAUUUAGACCUCACUUCAAGCAAUGAUAAUUUAAGAGCAUUUCAACAUUUGCAGGGACUAGAAAAAGAGACAAGUAAUUUAAGUCCCAUAGCAGGUGGGAAGUAUAACGAUUUUAGAAAUUGCCCUUGUUUGUAUUAUUUUACUACCAAGUUGACAUCUCGUAGAGAAUUGAAAUAUAUAUAAUAAAUCCAGAUAUGCUGUAAGCAUACCAAGCUAUUGUAAUCUUGAAAUCUAAAAACUGUUAUCCCAAUCCCUGAUAUAUCAUAUAAACUAUUGUCUCAACUUAAGCGCUUCACAACACAGAUAAUGAUAAGACUUCAAAAUUACAGAAACUAUCUAUACGAUUAAUAAGUCUAUCUUUAUAUCUAUGUUUUAAUGAACUUUGGUUUAUAGUCACAAAGACAUAACCGUACAUGUCGAUGACUUAAAAUCUCUGGAAACUGAGGUAUGUCUAUCAAGCUACGAAAUGAUAUGCUUCCUGACGUUUUUAUUAAUUAUAUAUAUUAUACAUUACAGUUCUAUUCACAUUCUAAUGUAUCUUUAAUUCAAUCUUUGUUUGGUAUGUUUGUGAAGAUAAUUUCUAGCAAGCCAAAAUGUUUAUUUUCAAGAUCCUUCCUCCAAAGAUAUAUGACCUGUUUGUUUAUUUUCUUUUAGAUUGUUCUUUGGGCCUGAUGUUGCCAUCAUAAAAUGAUGAAAAGUGUCCCAUGACUGGCACAUAAUAAAACAUAAUUAAAUUAAAAGUACAAGGUUUUACACCAAGCUAAUUAAAUGUGUAUUAACACUACUUUUUAAUCCGUCCAUGUUGGGAGCUAAAGGGAAUGUGUUGGCGGGAAGUAAAUUCCACAGCCGAGCCGUCCUUGGAAUAUAUGAAGAUUGGUGAAGAGAAGCGUUUGAUUUUAAGAAGUGGGAGGACAGUGUAGGGGUCGGCAGCUGCAGAAGAGCGAGUCAAACGAACAUUUGGGGUGAAGGGGGGGGGGAGAUUUCCAGACAACUCAAGGGAUGGUUUCUGGAAGAAGUGACAGUAGAAGGUACAGAGAGAUGCAACAUAGUCUCCGGGGCUCGAGUGGAUAAACCCCAACCGUGAAGGGUCUUGAAUUCUCGGGAGGCGGAGAGCUUUCCGAUGUAACCUAUCAAGAAGUGGGAGGACACUGGUACCAGCUCCAGCCCAAAUCGAUGUAUUACUUAAUUUUAUCUUGAAGUGGAAAUGAACGAGAUAACAUGAAAUGAAAUGACAAUAAUCAAAGGGGAAGCAAACCGAUCAACACUGUACGUUGUCACUCAUUGUCUGUGUGUUAUAGAUGGCUAAUACACCGUCUGAUAUAACUAUUCGUAAAUACGGAGAAUAAAUUAGAAUUAAACUAUAAUUAUAUUUGUGUAUAGAGAGAGAGAGAGGGAGAAAGAGAGGGAGAGGAAAGGUAACUGUUUUUUUGGUAACAUAAUUUUUGUAGUACGUAUGUAUUGAGUAGGGGAUUGGUGUGUUCCAAAUCGUUGGCCUAUCAUCAUAAGACUGAACUGCUAAGAAUUAUGCAUUAUGGGUAUUGAAUGAUAUGAGUAGUUGCAUGCUGGUUCGUAUGUCCUUUAAGAUGUACUUUGAAAUUUAAAGAAUUGAAAUCUUAAAGAUUUCGAUCAAAACCCCAAUCUCCCCCCCCCCCCACUCUCCCUCUCUCUCUCUGUUGUAUGUUAAAAGAUAAGAUAAUAAAAAUCACCUGUAUAGAGCAAGAUUAUAGUGCAAGUGGAGAAAUAUAAUAUAUAUUUUAGCUUAUCUACCUAUUUCCUUGUCAUGGAUACUGAACAGGCCUAUAAAAAGCAACACUACAAGUAACUAAAUAUAUAGUAGUGAGAAUAUACAAUUUUAUUUGCAUAAUGUCGUUAGUACACGUUUUACAUACAUAGUUUCGAAUUCAUCGAUGAUUAGAUAUAUCAACAGUUAAAUCAAAAUUUGUAGAAACGGGAUCGAACUCACUGCCCUGGGAACAAAAGAGUAGUUUUAGAAUCAUCAUAAUAUAUUCAAAUCAUAAGCGGUGAAGGUCUACUGCAAGAUGACCAAAAAAUAAUAAAAUAAAAGGAAAUAUUGGCUUAUGUGACGUCAUGGAUAGAUUCGUUGUUUCAUGCACAAUUAAAACUUCAUUUCUGUUUGCGUAGUACAUGCAUGUGUAUUAUUUCAUAUAGUUUUGGACGUGGUAAAUACCUGUUCUCUUACAGAUAAAAGAGAAUUUUUCACUCUGAAUUUUGUCGAACUACUUACGAGUUAUUUCAUUGAUUGCUACUGUACCUUUGCGAGUGAAUAUCUAUUUGCCUCAAAUGUGCUCUUUAUCAUGAAAGAGGAGAGUGUGUCACUAUCUUCCGUUGUAUUUUCGCUCUACGUAUUGGAAUAAUCUAAGUCUAAUAUCAUGACUUGUCCCAUCACUUCGGGUUAUCGCAUCCGGUCGGGUAAUCGCGUCACCCAACCAUUCGAGAAAAGGGCCUCCUAAAUUCCCGAAACCAUUUGUAUAUUUGGCUUACAAUUUUUACAAAACAUCGGGUAAAUUGGACUCGAACGUUCGUAAAUUGGAAGGAUAUUUCUUCACAUAGCGUCGAGUAAUUUGACCGGACUUUUCGGGAAUUCAGGGGGUCCUUUUCUUGAUUGGUCGAGUUGCAUGAUUGCCCGACCGGACGCGAUAACCCGAUGUGAUAAUGUACUGGCACAAGCGUAUUAUCAUUAUGAACCAGAUGGAUUAUUCGGUUUAAAAGUUUACAAAUAACACGGUUUUUUAAAUGAAAGACCUUUUUCAUCACACAAAAUCUAAUGGUGCUUUACUUUUUAACAUUACCUUUUAAUUGCUAUUGAACAUGUUCAAUUGCGUAGACUGUUCCAGAUGAUUCAUAUUUGUCGCAAAUAAUAUCAUUCUAUCUAAUUAUUACAUGAACAUAACAUAACAUUCUUUACAAAUCACACACAUAGUUAUUUUCGUAUAUAGAUUGUCCAUUUCAUUACGUGGAAAGAUACGUAAAAAAGAUAGAUAUACUGAUAUCCACAUGAUAGAAUAUAUAAUACGAGCACACUGUUACCAUGGUUACACACACAUAUCUCUGAUUAUCAUGAUUAUAUAUUUUCACAAGGUUUUAUAAAAAUUGAUUGUCACAAAUAACCUUCUUGGGUCAAUUUGGCAAAGAAGCUCUGGCAUCUAUACCUCCCUAUCCUCCCCAAAUCUAUUAUUUAUUUUACAAUACGAGGUUGAUUAAUAGUGAAUAUCCAAACUGGCUGUUAAAAUUGAAUCGCACAUAAAGUGAAGUAAGUGGAUUGGUAUCAAAAAGAAGAAAAAAGAUAAAUGAUAACAGUUUAUAAGGUUCUCACUUUACCAUAGCUUUAUGAUUUUUAACAAUUUUUCACAAAAAUACAGAAAAGGGAUGAACUGACUAUUGCAAACGAGACCUCAGUGCUACUAAUUGGUUGAUAAUUAUGCUCUUGAAGUUUGCUCUUAUAUUUCUUCAAGAUUUGAAUCGGAUCACGUAUGUAUGGGCAUGUAUUACAAAAUCUUAGGGUAAUAUUCAAGAUUAUGUAAUAACCUGCUGAUAUCAUCGUAUAUAUUGGAUAAAAUAUCAAGGAGUUCACCAUUCGCGGUAUGAGUUCAAGACUUUUAAAAAGUCUAAUGGUAGACAAGGGCAUAUCCUUACCAUGUUUACCCGGAAUACUCUCUCACUGCAUCUAAAUUAUAAGCCAGUCAGAAUGAUCACAAUAGGAUGUUAUUUCUUCUUAACGAUUGGCCUUUCUAUUUUCUUUUAAGUGUGAUAUGACCAAAAUUAAUGUCGCGAAAUUAUUCUAGAAAUUUCCUAACAGGUCCAAGAAAACAUGACGAGAAAAAUGACAAGAAAAACAAAAAAUAUGGAAGACAUAUUCCUUUUAAUAUUAGUGUUGAAUAAAAACCUUUAAGGUGAGAAAAUAUUACUGAACUGCCAAGACUAUGUUAU